UCAUCCUGGUGCGACAUUUAUUUGUCGAGUGCCUGCUGAUCGGAUCGCACGUUGUCUUGCAAUGGGAGUUUCAUAUCUGGAUUCGUUCAUUCGAAACAAUGUACCAGGCGGAUUCUUCCUAAUCGAAAUGGAAAGUGAAAUUCGGAAAUGCGCGGACCUGGCGGUUGCAUCAAGGCCUAUAAUCGUCAUUGAUCUGGUGUCACUGUAUGGAACUCUAAGUAAAUAUGAUGAAAAAGGGCUUCCAUUUGGUGGGAGAAUUAACUUGGCUUAUUCAGUGAUUGAUCAGUUCUUCAAAAAAUUUAAAUCGUUUGGUGUCGAAUUGGUUUUCUUCGAUAAAGGUGCGGUGCAGGAGCAGAAAGAUGAAGAUUGGUGCAAUCGUCAAGAUACUUGGUACAUGAAAAAUUUAAUGCUCUUCGACGCCGUUGAUGAGGAGAUAGGAGUUGACGAUUUCUUACGCCUUCAUUGGAAUAUCUUGAGCUUUCGAAUCCCACUAGCAAAAAUUGCUAGAAAGCACGGUCUAUACAAAAUGGCUCCGGCUCGAGACUGUCACCGGGAGAUAGCAACCUAUGCAAACAAAUACAAUGCGAUGGCUAUUAUUUCCAACAAUUCGGACUUCCUAAUUUACGAGGGUUCCUGGCGCUAUUGGUCGUCUCAAGUGUUGGAACUAUCGUCAAUGAAAACCAGGGAAUAUAAUCGCCCGGCACUGUUGAGCUAUUUGGGUCUAACAUUUCAACAGAUGCCACUGUUUGCCACUCUUUGUGGGGCCAAUCGAAUGCCUCGAGAAUUUUAUUUGCAAUUGCAUUCUGAACUUCGAAUUACUCAUCAUAAUAAAGUUCCCGACACAGCUCGAAUUGUACGAGAACUGCCACUUGCAUUUGUUCAAAAAACUGCUAACUUGAAUAAUUUGAGCCAAAUUUUGUACAACAAUCUGAUCGACAAAGACCUUAUGGAACAAUUUGAGAUGAGUUUGGAUUCAUACAGAACGACCAUCAGCAUUAAUACAAACAGUUCGCAGGACGAUCCUGUAUCGCAAGUACUUUCUACAUUGGACUCCCCAUUCCACUAUUUUAUCUGGAGGAGGAUUCCAUUAGAUAUAGCCGUCGGAGUAAUAGAUAUGCGUCAGCCGGGCUUUGAUAACGAGCAACUACUGACUUCACUUAUACUCCGAAUGGCCGGAAUCAUUCUGUUUCAUAAAAAACCUGCACGUCCAACUCAAUGCCCAAUCAUAAUAAAAUUAAGCCACACGAGCUCGCAUCAAAUACAUUGGCUAGACAUUCAGUAUCCGCCUGAUGUAGAACCACCCACUGUGCUUGAAUUGUUUUCCACCGAUUCUACCGUAAGCGAAAAUGUGCUGGAUAUCAAAUACCAAUUGCUGGCGUGGAUCGCCUCCGAUUCACUUCAUCCUGGCCGUCUACAGAGAAUCCCGAAAGAAUUGCGUCUAACCGUUUACACUUUGUACUAUCUGAUGGAGCAGAAAGUUCUCGAGUUAUUCGAAGCCGAUCUAUUCCUUCAGGUAGCCUACGAUGUGAUAUACAAAAGGUACGAUCCGAAUGCUGUUGAGUAUCCAACGACGAUCAAGGGUCGCCCUUAUCGGGUGGUUUUCCUUUUUCAAAAAGUGUAUGCUCAGACUUCGAAAGCAUUUCGCCUCCUGGGUGUACAUCACGGUGAAACCGUUCGGGAUGAUCUCCCGUUCGAUGGUGUAUUGUUCCACGACCUGUACGACGAAUGGAGCCGCGGAUUAUGUGACUUGGAUCGAAUUAGAGACUACAGAAUCUACGAAGCGAAUGGAAUUUUGGCUCCUGAUGAAAUUGAAGAGCCGGGUUGGAAAACCGUACAGAUGCGCAAGCGCAGGAAUAUUCAUAGGUUUAAUUAACCCGCAGGAUAAAAAUGUCCACUCUGAAUUUUGUUUGUAAA